UUUCUCUCUUUCUCUCACUCGUGCGAACGAUUCUAAAGAGAAGAAGGAAGCGAGUGACGUCUGUCUCUACCUACACUCUAGGUCUCUUUCCUCCAUCACCACCGCCGAUAGCUGUAAUGGCGCCUAGAGGAAGGAAAAAGAAGGCUGGACUGACGAGAGCGGAUGCAGCACGAGAUGCCAUGAGAGCGUUUGGCUUUGCGGAGCGUCUUAUCAAUGUCUGCAUCAAGGAGUUGCUUGAGGUGUAUGGCGAGGGAGGGUGGUUUCUGAUCGAAGAGUGUGGUUACUCGGUGCUGUUAAACAAGUGCCUUGAAAAGUCAGAUGAGCAGGACAAGAACUUGGCUGAAGAUAGGAUUGAAGAGAGGGCUGAGGAACAAAACCUUGAGAUGGCUGAUGCUGAAGAACAAGAACAAGAAGACAAUGAGAUGGUUGAGGCCGAACAAGACCAAAACGUUGAGAUGGUUGAGGCAGGACAAGAACCAACGCCUCAGCUAGAAGAGAAACAAAAGGAACAAGAGCACCAGGUUGAGGAUGGAAGAGGCGAUGUCGGUAGCAACUCAACAUCUCUGGUGGGUUGUGCUGCCGAGACAGGUGCAAAGACUGGUCAGACCGAAGCUUUAUCAAUCACCAGCGAGACAGACAUCUUGGACUCAUCAUCACCAGCAGGAGAAGCAUCAGUGAUAGAUUACGCAUCCCCAGCAGCUGCAGCUUUUCCAUCAGCAGAUGCAUCAGGAGGCUUUGCACAACGUCCUGCUGAAGGUGCCAAGAGUUCCGGAUGUGGAGGAUGGAUAAGUGAUUCGGAUGAGGAUGAGGUUCCAGAUGCUGAUAGUGUUGGCGAUGAUGAUGAGAUCAUUCAGCUGACUCCAGAACCGCUCUGUGAAGAGCUUGAGGAGCUCGUCAAGGCAAUACAGGGGGAGAAGAAGAAUAAGAGGACUAGGUGGGAAGACUAAGGACAAGUAAGGAGUCACGAGAGACUUGAGUAGUAAUUGCAUGUAAAAAAGGUUGAAUGACCCAUCGUUUCUUGACAACUCUGUGUGGGUCUUAUUGAGCUAUUUGUUCAAAAACUUAAAUAUAAGUUUAUAAUCUAUGGUGAAAUAGUUAUUUGGC